GCGCGCUCCGGCCCCUCCGCGGCCACACAAAGGCCCGUCUCCAUGGCAGCCGCGCUGGCCUCAGCGCAGCGCCGAUCGCGGCACGGGCGCCAUCGAGCCUCGGCGGCAGACAAGCAGAGGAUCUCCAUGCUGGCCUGGAGCAGAGACUGAGCUGGACUUCUGGAGCCUGGACGGCCUCAGUUGCCCGCGGAGACGAGCGGAGUCUGCGGUGGCAGAGGCCCGCCUCCGCCCAGGAUCUGCACAGUCUGCGCGCGGUCCUGUGAACUCUUCCUGUCUUUGACCAAAGGCACCAUCUCCUCCCCGACCUGAUCACCUCGUCUUGGGUGCCAGGGGCAAUGGCGCUGCAGCUCUGGACCCUGACCCUCCUGGGCCUGGCGGGCACAAGUGCAAGCCUGCGGUCCCGCAAGCUGGACUUCUUCCGCAGCGAGACAGAGCUGAACCACCUGGUGGUGGACGAGGUGUCGGGCGUGGUGUACGUGGGGGCGGUGAACGCGCUCUACCAGCUGAGUGCCGACCUGCAGCUGGAGCAGCGGGCGGCCACGGGCCCGGCCCUGGACAACAAGAAGUGCACGCCGCCCAUCGAGGCGAGCCAGUGCCACGAGGCCGUGCAGACUGACAACGUCAACCAGCUCCUGCUGCUCGACCCCUCCCGGAACCGCCUCAUCGAGUGCGGCAGCCUCUUCAAGGGCAUUUGCGCCCUGCGUUCCCUGAGCAACAUCUCCUCGCUCCUCUUCUACGAGGAUGGCAGUGGCGAGAAGUCCUUCGUGGCCAGCAACGACGAGAGCGUGGCCACCGUGGGGCUGGUGAGCACAACGGGCCCAAGCGGCGAGCAUGUGCUCUUUGUGGGCAAGGGCAACGGGCCCCACGACAACGGCAUCAUUGUGAGCACGCGCCUGCUGGACCGGACGGAGGGCAGGGAGGCCUUUGAGGCCUACACGGACCACGCCACCUACAAGGCCGGCUACCUGUCCACAAACACACAGCAGUUCGUGGCUGCCUUCGAGGAUGGCCACUACGUCUUCUUCGUCUUCAACCAGCAGGACAAGCACCCGGCCCGGAACCGCACGCUGCUGGCGCGUAUGUGCAAGUACGACCCGUUCUACUACUCCUACCUGGAGGUGGACCUGCGCUGCCUGGGCCCCGACGACACCCGGGUCCCCGCCUUCGGCACCUGCCUGGCGGCCUCCGUGGCCCGGCCAGGCGCCACUGGGGUGCUCUACACUGUCUUCAGCACAGAUGGCCGGGGUGGCGGGGGGCCACGGGCGGGCCUCUGCCUGUUCCCACUGGACGAGGUCCACAGCAAGAUGGAGACCAGCCGCGACGCCUGCUACACGGGCACCCGGGAGGCGGGCCGGGACACCUUCUACAAGCCCUUCCACGGCGAGAUCCAGUGUGGUGGCCACGGGUCGGGUGCCAGUGAGAGUUUCCCGUGUGGCUCAGAGCACCUGCCCUACCCGCUGGGCAGCCGAGACGGACUCUCAGCCGUAGCCGUGCUGCACCGUGGAGGCCUGAACCUGACAGCUGUGACAGUGACGACCGAGAAUGGCCACACCAUCGCCUUCCUGGGCACCUCGGACGGCCGGGUCCUCAAGGUGUACCUCGCUCCAGAUGGCAGCUCCGCGGAGUAUGGCUCUGUCCUUGUGGAGAUCAACAAGAGAAUCAAGAAGGACCUGGUGCUGGCCGCAGACCUGGCCAGUCUGUACGCCAUGACCCAGGACAAGGUGUUCCGGCUCCCCGUGCAGGAGUGUGAGAGCUUUUCCACCUGCGCCCAGUGCCGCAGCUCACAGGACCCCUACUGCGGCUGGUGUGUCGUCGAGGGACGAUGCACCAGGAGGGCUGAGUGCCCGCGGGCUGAAGAGAGUAGCCACUGGCUGUGGAGCCGCAGUGAGGCCUGCGUGGCCGUCACCGAGACCCAGCCGCAGAACAUGAGCCGCCGGGCGCAGGGAGAGGUGCACCUGACCGUCAGUCCCCUCCCAGCCCUGAGCGAGGAGGACAAGCUGCUGUGCCUCUUCGGUGAAUCACCGCCACACGUGGCGAGCAUGCAGGGGGGCGCCGUGGUCUGCAACUCCCCGAGCAGCAUCCCCAGCACGCCGCCUGGCCAGGAUCACGUGGCUGUGACCAUCCAGCUUCUCUUCAAACGCGGCAACGUCUUCCUGACCUCCCACCUGUACCCCUUCUACGACUGCCGAGUGGCCAUGAGCCUGGAGGAGAACCUGCCGUGCAUCUCCUGUGCUAGCAACCGCUGGACCUGCCAGUGGGACCUGCGCUACCACGAGUGUCGGGAGGCCUCGCCCAACCCUGAGGAUGGCAUCGUCCGUGCCCACAUGGAGGACGACUGCCCCCAGUUCUUGAACCCCAGCCCGCUGGUCAUUCCCAUGAACCACGAGACGGCGGUGACCUUCCAGGGCAAGAACCUGGACACGGUGAAGAGCUCCUCCCUGCGCGUGGGCAGUGACCUGCUCAAGUUUGAGGAGCCAGUCAGCACACAGGAGCAAGGAACCUUCUCCUUUCGGACCCCAAAGCUCUCCCACGAUGCCAACGAGACGCUGCCCCUGCAUCUGUAUGUCAAGUCCUACGGCAAGAAUAUUGACAGCCGGCUCCAAGUGACCCUCUACAACUGCUCCUUCGGCCGCAGCGACUGCAGCCUGUGCCUGGCCGCUGACCCUGUCUACAGGUGUGUGUGGUGCAGCGGGCAGAACAGGUGUGUGUACGCGGCCCUGUGUGGUAACGCCACCUCCGAGUGCCCACCGCCCGUCAUCACCAGGAUCCAGCCUGAGACCGGUCCGCUCGGCGGAGGCAUUCGCGUCACCAUCCUUGGGUCAAAUCUGGGGGUCAGAGCAGACGACGUGAAGAGGGUCACCGUGGCUGGCCGGAACUGUGCCUUUGAGCCAGAACGCUACUCCGUGUCCACCCGGAUCGUGUGCACCAUCGAGGCUGCAGAGGCGCCCUUCACGGGGGGCGUCGAGGUGGACAUCAGCGGGAAGCUCGGCCAUUCGCCUCCCCAUGUCCAAUUCACCUAUCAGCAGCCCCAGCCCCUCAGUGUGGAGCCAAAGCAGGGGCCACAGGCGGGCGGCACCAUGUUGACCAUCAAUGGUACCCACCUGGACACAGGCUCUGAGGAAGACAUGCGGGUGACCCUCAAUGACAUCCCUUGUAAAGUGACGCAGUUUGGGGCACAGCUUCAGUGUGUCACCGGCCCCCAGGCGGCUCCGGGAGAGCUGCCCUUAAAGAUUUACUAUGGGGGCUCCGAAGUGCCCAGCCCUGGCGUCACCUUCACCUACCGUGAGAACCCAGUCCUGCGGGCCUUCGAGCCGCUGCGAAGCUUUGUCAGUGGUGGCCGGAGCAUCAACGUCACAGGACAGGGCUUCAGCCUGAUCCAGAAAUUCGCCAUGGUGGUCAUAGCCGAGCCCCUGCAGUCCUGGAGGCGGCGGCGGGAGGCCGGAGCCCUGCAGCCCGUGACGGUCGUGGGCAGGGAGUACGUGUUCUGCAGUGACUCCAAGGUCGUGUUCUUGUCCCCGGCUGUCCCCGAGGAGCCCGAGGCCUACAACCUCACAGCGCUCAUUCAGAUGGAUGGGCACCAAGCCCUGCUCAGGACUGAGGCUGGUGCCUUUGAGUACGUUGCUGACCCCACCUUCGAGAACUUCACAGGGGGCGUCAAGAAGCAGGUCAACAAGCUCAUUCACGCGCGGGGCACCAAUCUGAACAAGGCGAUGACGAUUCACGAGGCCGAGGCCUUCGUGGGUGCCGAGCGGUGCGUCAUGAAGACACUGACGGAGACCGAUCUGUACUGUGAGCCCCCAGAGGUGCAGCCCCCUCCCAAGCGGCGGCAGAAGCGGGACACGACCCACAACCUGCCUGAGUUCAUUGUGAAGUUUGGCUCCCGGGAGUGGGUGCUGGGCCGCGUGGAGUAUGACACGCGUGUGAGUGACGUGCCACUCAGCCUCAUCCUGCCGCUGGUCAUCGUGCCCAUGGUGGCCGUCAUCGCCGUGUCUGUCUACUGCUACUGGAGGAAGAGCCAACAGGCAGAGCGCGAGUACGAGAAGAUCAAGUCCCAGCUGGAGGGCUUGGAGGAGAGCGUGCGUGACCGCUGCAAGAAGGAGUUCACAGACCUGAUGAUUGAGAUGGAGGACCAGACCAACGACGUGCACGAGGCAGGCAUCCCCGUGCUGGACUAUAAGACCUACACCGACCGCGUCUUCUUCCUGCCCUCCAAGGACGGCGACAAGGACGUGAUGAUCACGGGCAAGCUGGACAUCCCUGAGUCACGGCGGCCCUUGGUGGAGCAGGCGCUCUACCAGUUCUCCAACCUGCUCAACAGCAAGUGCUUCCUCAUCAACUUCAUCCACACCUUGGAGAACCAGCGGGAGUUCUCGGCCCGCGCCAAGGUCUACUUUGCGUCGCUGCUGACGGUGGCGCUGCACGGGAAGCUGGAGUACUACACGGACAUCAUGCGCACGCUCUUCCUGGAGCUCAUGGAGCAGUAUGUGGUGGCCAAGAACCCCAAGCUGAUGCUGCGCAGGUCUGAGACAGUGGUGGAGAGGAUGCUGUCUAAUUGGAUGUCCAUCUGCCUGUACCAGUAUCUCAAGGACAGCGCAGGGGAGCCGCUGUACAAGCUCUUCAAGGCCAUCAAGCAUCAGGUGGAGAAGGGACCGGUGGAUGCUGUGCAGAAGAAAGCCAAAUACACCCUCAACGACACAGGGCUGCUGGGGGACGAUGUGGAGUAUGCACCCCUGAUGGUGAGCGUGAUCGUCCAGGACGAAGGGGUCGACGCCAUCCCUGUCAAGGUCCUCAACUGUGACACCAUCUCCCAGGUCAAGGAGAAGAUCAUUGACCAGGUGUACCGCACGCAGCCUUGCUCCCGCUGGCCCAAGGCUGACAGUGUGGUCCUCGAGUGGCGUCCUGGGUCCACAGCCCAGAUCCUGUCAGACCUGGACCUGACCUCUCAGCGGGAGGGCCGGUGGAAGCGCGUCAACACGCUGAUGCACUACAACGUCCGGGAUGGGGCCACUCUUAUCCUGUCGAAGGUGGGGGUCUCCCAGCAGCCUGAGGACAGCCAGCAGGACCUGCCUGGGGAGCGCCACGCCCUCCUGGAGGAGGAGAACCGGGUGUGGCACCUGGUGCGGCCAACGGACGAGGUGGACGAAGGCAAGUCCAAGCGUGGCAGCAUGAAGGAAAAGGAGCGCACCAAGGCCAUCACCGAGAUCUACCUGACCCGCCUGCUCUCGGUCAAGGGCACGCUGCAGCAGUUCGUGGACAACUUCUUCCAGAGCGUGCUGGCGCCUGGCCACGCGGUGCCGCCCGCAGUCAAGUACUUCUUCGACUUCCUGGACGAGCAGGCAGAAAAGCACGACAUCAAGGACGAGGACACCAUCCACAUCUGGAAGACCAACAGUUUACCUCUCCGGUUCUGGGUGAACAUCCUCAAGAACCCCCAUUUCAUCUUCGACGUGCACGUCCACGAGGUGGUGGACGCCUCCCUGUCGGUCAUCGCACAGACCUUCAUGGACGCCUGCACACGCACAGAGCACAAGCUGAGCCGCGACUCUCCCAGCAACAAGCUACUCUACGCCAAGGAGAUCUCCACCUAUAAGAAGAUGGUGGAGGACUACUACAAGGGGAUCAGACAGAUGGUGCAGGUCAGCGACCAGGACAUGAACACACACCUGGCAGAGAUUUCCCGGGCGCACACGGACUCCCUGAACACCCUCGUGGCCCUGCACCAGCUCUACCAGUACACGCAGAAGUACUACGACGAGAUCAUCAACGCCCUGGAGGAGGAUCCCGCCGCCCAGAAGAUGCAGCUGGCCUUCCGCCUGCAGCAGAUCGCGGCUGCGCUUGAGAACAAGGUCACGGACCUCUGACUGCGACCUCCACCGUCAUGGUCUCGGGACACAGGUGUGUGACACCCACUGCCGGGCGCUGGGCGGCCCCGGGGGAGCACGGCCAAGCGGGCAGGACUCAGCCCUUCUCUCUCUGGCAGAGGAAGAGCCCCCGGGCUUCCGAGUGUGUGCGUGGCAGGGGGGCCCCCACCUCAGCAUUUGUAGCCUCAUAGCACCCUUCUCCUGAGCAAUAGUGCCGGGCGCCCACCAGCACCAGUUCCCUCCUGCAGAACCAGCAUCGGGGGUGUCUCCUUCAAGCCUCCUGAGUGAUUCGAAAACGUGCCUUAUGUCCCCGGCGCCACGCUGGGUUGCUGGGGGCAGUCGGGCCUCAGCCCCCCUCCCCAGGCACCAGCAGCCGCCUCAGAUACCUGGGUUGGGCCUUUUGGGGUGAGGUCUGAGUGCCCUCGGCCCCCAGGACCUAGUGCCCAGACUCUGUCCGUCUGCCCUACCUGGACUGGGGCAGAAAAGUGGUACGAUGCCUUCCUGACCUCGCUGGCCUGCCCUGCGGGGCACUGGCACUCCCGGGGGACUCCGUGCUGCAGGCCCCACCUCAAAGGUCAAGCUGGACGUCAGACGUCGAGGCCCAGGCGGCCAGAAGGGACCCAGCAGACUGGGGAUCAGGGUCCCAGCCUGUCAGACAGGCUGACCUGGAGGCCCUGCCCAGGUCCGGGGGGCCGGGAGCAGCUCCGCCAGGACACCCGCAACCCUUUUUGUAAAUCUUGUUAAUUGUCAAUCAAAUACAGCUGUCUUUUUCA